AUAUUACCCUUAAAUGGAAUUUUAAUGAAGAAAGCGGUGUGUUUUCACCCUGCUAAACCCCCACGUCUUUAUUUCAUCAUCACCAACCAAGCUUUCCUCCUUUUCUCUUUCCCUUCCACCCUCUUCUUCUUUCACCAAUAUCAUUACUUGAAAGAAGCACAAUUGUGUUAGAUUUCAAGAUUUUGGAUGCGAGUCUUGGAAAUCUUCUCUUGUUUUAUCAACACGGAGGCCUUUCGGUGGCUCUAAAUUUGACAGUGAUACAGUAUCCAGAAAUCUGUUUUUACUUGUGUUGAGAAACAGAGAGAAGUAUAUGUAAGAAGGCAAGAUGUUGGUUGUUUUUUAAUGAAAGCUGGAAACUUUGAGGUCCCUCGAAAUCCCAAAUUGCUCCCAUUUUAGGGGGCGUGAUAUGGAUAUUGUUUCAAAAGUUUGUAUCUUGAGGCAUUUCAUGAUAUCUAGAUCAUGGUCUCUAAGUGGUCUUGCUGAUUCAAUCACUAAAACCACUACAUGCCCAAGAUUUGCCAUGAUAUAUUUGUUUUGAUUAAUCUAUCAAGACUCAAUCUUUAUAGCCCCCAGAUACAUUUCCUUUGAUGGAUUCUCAAAACCCAUUUGAGGGUGAAAUCUCAUUGAAUCAAUGGAAAGUAGGGAAUUCAGUUAGGGAAGUGAGCAAUGGAUCAAGAGGGGGUGAUUUAGAAAUGUCAGGUUUGUCACAGAAAGAGAUUGGUGAUGAUGAUGCUAGAUUGGUUUACUUGAAUGAUCCUGUAAAGAAUAAUGAGAGAUAUGAGUUUGCUGUAUUCGGCCGGGGAGCUUCCAUCAUGCCACUUGCAUUUGUUCUAUCAGUCACAGCAGUCAAGGAUGCUUAUGAGGAUUGGAGGAGACAAGGGUCAGAUAGAGUUGAGAAUAAUAGAUUAGCUUGUGUUUUAGUUGAUGAUCAGUUUCGACCAAAGAAAUGAAAGGAUAUCCAGGUUGGUGAGAUAAUCAGGAUCCAGAAAAAUGAAACUCUUCCUUGUGAUACGGUACUCCUCUCAACUAGUGAGCCAACUGGGGUUGCUUACGUGCAGACUGUAAAUUUGGACGGAGAGUCGAAUUUGAAGACUCGGUAUGCAAAGCAAGAGACCCUUUCAAAGAUUCCUGAAAAGGAAAUGAUUAAUGGGUUGAUCAAGCGUGAGAGACCAAAUAGAAACAUAUAUGGAUUUCAGGCAAACAUAGAAAUUGAGGGGAAAAGACUGUCACUUGGGCCCCCAAACAUUCUUCUUCGUGGUUGUGAGCUCAAGAAUACUGCUUGGGCAAUUGGAGUUGCAGUAUAUUGCGGUCGUGAGACCAAGGCCAUGCUUAACAGCUCAGGAGCUACAUCAAAGAGGAGCCGGCUUGAGUACAAUAGAACGCUAGAUGUACACAAAUUUUAACAUGAAAGGAUUUCAUCUGAACUUCGAAAUUUCAAUUGUUUCUUCCCUUGAUAUUCUUGAACGGGUUUCUUUUUUAAUGUAAUGAAAUAUCAUGUAAUAUAAAUAUAAUUCAUGGGAUCAAUUUCUGAAACUACAAA